AUGUCUGGCUCCGGCAAGCCCAUCUCUGAGCAGGCGCAGGAUGCCCUGAACGCCGCCUCCAACAAGGCCGCGGAGACCUGGGACGCAGCCAAGAACAAGGCCUCCGAGCUGGCCGGAACCGCCCAGAACAGGGCUGAGGAGACGAAGAACCAGGCCUCCUCCAGGCAGUCCGGCACCGGCGGCCUGAUCGACGACGCCAAGAACAAGGCCAACGAGUUCGGCAACCGCGUGGGCGAGAAGACCACCGAGGCAAAGCACAGCCUGCAGGAGGGUGCCGACAAGGCCGCCAACCGCGCCGACGAGACCGCUCGCUGA